AGUGCGAGCCGCGGUGCUUUCCGGCAGAAGAUGGCUCAAGACCGGCCUUUACUUGCUGUGCAGGAGGCCCUGAAGAAGUGCUUCCCGGUGGUGGAGGAGCAGCAGGGCCUGUGGGAGAGCACCCUGCGGGACUGCUCGCCGCUCCUGGCCUCCCUCAGCAACCUGGCAGAGCAGUUGCAGGCCGCGCAAAGCGUGCGGUUCCAAGAUGUGCCGGCGCUCCGGAGUCUCUUCCACAGAGCCACCCUCCUCAAGGUGCGCGACACGGUCAGCAGCCAUGUGGAGCAAGUGUUUCGGAUCUAUGAGCAACAUGCAGACGUGGUCGGCCUUGAUGCUGUUCUGCAGCCCUCGGCUGAGAGCCCUUCUGUGGCUGACAUGUUGGAAUGGUUGCAAGAUAUUGAGAGACAUUAUCGAAGUUCGUACCUGAAGAGAAAGUAUCUCUUUUCCUCCAUCCAGUGGGGAGACUUGGCAGGUAUCCAAGCAUUGCCCAAGGCCUGGGACCAAAUUUCAGCAGAUGAACACCAAGAUCUUGUACAAGAUAUCCUACUGAAUGUUUCCUUCUUCCUGGAAGAGUAAGGAAACUUCAUGUUUAUGUGGAGACCAGAAGCACCACAGUUGAAGACUGACAUUGCUGCACUGUGAUAUUUCUAAAGAAACAUCAGCAUAACAACCUGACAUGCUUGAAAUAUCAAUGCCUAAAACCUAAGGACUGGGUCCUGAGAGGAUUGAUGGUAAAUGUCUCUGGGGCUUCUCCAUGCCAGACCGUGCCAAGGGUUCCUGGGCCAUUGCUUGCCCUUCCUGAGGUUCAGGGCAGUGGAGGAGAUAGAAGGCAGGAAAGGCAGUACUGAUAAACCUGUCUGUAUCAUAAGGACCAAGCAGCAGGGAGGGAAAGGACAGGAGAUAAAGGGCAGAAGUCACCUGUGGCAUUAUCUGAAGCACCAAGUCUGACUGAUACCGAAUCCUGGCUUUGUGUCUGUACUUGAUACCUUGAAUGAAAAAGAGGUUUUGAUGAUUUAAAGAAGUAAGGAUAUGGCUGGGGGGUAUGGUUCAGUAGUAGAGCUUAUGUUUGGCAUGUUUGAACCCCUGGCUUCAAUCCCCAGCACCAAAAUAAAUAAUAAUAAUAAUAAUAA